UUUAGACACUAACUCAGAAGCCGGGGGAACAUUAAAUUUCGUGUAAGCGUGGGGAUUUCAGAUUGCGUCGAUAAUGUGGUCAGCAAGUGAUUAUGGUAGUAUCGGAAGUACAGGUGAUUUUGGGGGUGGAUAUAUGGCAUCAUCUGCUUCCAACAGUGGACUUAAGAAAACAAGUAAUCAGGGUAACAUAAUUCCUUGCACAUGUGCCGAAAUCAUGAAUUCAAGUCAGGAUGGUGAUAAGUCCAUUUCUUCUUGUGGAAUCGAGUUCAGUCAAAUAACAGUGGUGGGUAUAAUCCGUUCUGUGAAUGAAUCAAGCACGCGAGUUGAGUAUGAAAUUGACGAUUAUACAGGUCCUUAUUUACCUGUGAAGCUUUUUACUGACGAUCAGGACAACACAUCUACCGGCUUACAAUGCCGUCCGUUCCGUGAGUUGUCAUAUGUUCGAGUACAUGGUCAUGUUCGAAACUUCCAGGGAAUGAAACAUGUCAUUGCUUUUCGGGUUAUUCCUGUGUUGGACAUGAAUGAACUUACUGUUCAUAUUAUGGAAGUGAUUUAUACGCGGAUUUUGUAUAUGAAAAUGAAACAGGAUGAGAAUGACGGCACUAACACCAAAAGUAUUUAUGGAGAAAGUGGUUCACACAACGUCACUAGUUCCAUCAGUAAUGGUCUUACUGUCUUACAAAAUCAGAUACUAGCCAUAGUUAGAACAUUCGUUGGUGAACGUGGGAUUCCUGUUUCACAGUUGUCAGAAAAAUUGCGUGGGAUUCCUGAACGACAAAUUAGGUAUGUGUUAGAAUCCAGUCAAUGGAUAUUCUACUUUCUUAUCCCAGUGUUUCUUAAUAUUAGAUAUUGUAUAGUGUUACAAUAAAUUUAUUCUUUUUUAUGCCAUUAAGCUGUGAUACUAAGCUUCUGUUUUUCCUUGAACCGUAUAUUUGUACGCUAGUCCUUACUAAACCAAACUUAGCUUUCUGACGAAGUACCGUCACCAAACAAAAGAAGAUUUGGAUUUCCUAAGUGCUGAAGGUCAUGUGUAUUCAACUGUGGAUGACGAUCACUUCCGAGCAACUGAGGCAUAAGAACAGUUUAAUUUAUCUGAUUACUUCGUAUGUACUGUUGAAUAACUAUUUUUUUAUUUAUACUCUGUACACAAAUCGAAUACUAUGCUGCAUCUUGGCUUCCAAACGUUUUUUCAUUUCCACAGCAAAGGGUUGGCUUCAUUCAAAACAUUUAUGGCUUUUGCAAAUUUUCUGGAUUUUAGGAGCCAUAACCCACAGAUUUGCCUAUUAUCGUAUCUGUACCCUUUUGACUGCACCGUUGUAGUAAAUAUCAUGUUUAUCAACCAAUGAAAUAGCUAGAUGAAUUGUCUUAGUACCCCGGAAUAUGCAGUGGCGUUUUUCAAUAGUUGUACAACCGACUAUCGUAUCGAAUGUCAGGCAAAACUGAUC